CCCAAAAUUGAAUUAUAAGAUUGGCAAACAACACACAUUUCAACCAUGAAAAAAAUUGAAUUCCUUUUCACAUUUUUAGGCCUUAGCUAAUGUAUCACUGUAGAACUGAACACCCAUGGUGCUUAAAAUCGUGUUAUAUAUUGUGAUGCUUGAAGGCAGAUAUAUCAAACCAACUUAUAUUACUCUUGUCUACUUGUAACUUACGAUUCAAUGGAUAAUGUUAAGUUUCUCUUGGUGCUUCUCUCUUCGACCCUAGUGUUAGGGCUUGCAGAGAGCUUCGACUUUUAUGAGAGUGACCUCGGGACCUGCCUCUGGGAUCUAUACGAGAGAUGGAGGGCUCACCACACAGUCUCUCGGGACCUGCAGGAGAAGCAAAAGAGGUUUAACGUGUUCAAGGCUAAUGUCCAUCAUGUUCAUAAGGUGAACAAGAUGGAUAAGCCAUAUAAGCUAAAGAUGAACAUGUAUGCAGAUAUGACUAACCACGAGUUUAUAGCCUCUUAUGGGUCUAAAAUUACGCAUUACAAGAUGUUCCACCCACGUCCAGUGAUAGAGUUCAUGCAUGGUAGGUUUGAAGACGUUCCUGCUACUAUUGAUUGAAGAGCUAAAGGCACUAGUGGAAAAAGGGUCAUUUGCAUCGCACUUUUAAGCAUAUUUGCGUCGCACAUCGUGCGUGGCAAAAGCUCUCGACGCAAAUGACUAAAAGUCAUUUGCGUCACACAUAUGUGCGACGCAAAUGACCCUUAUUUGCGUCGCACAAUUAGCAAAUGUGCGUAACAAAUAACUUUUCAGGCACCAUGUUGAAAAGUCAUUUGCCACGCACAUUAGCUAGGAGAUGUUACACCUGUUAAAAUCAAGGGCAUUGUGUUUAGUAUCUCGUACAACUAAUAUCACUUUUUAGAUUGUGAUAUUUUUUCUACUAGACGUUGCAGUCUGUCCUCUAUAAGUGACAAACUAAUAAUUUACUGCUUGAGCGUUGUUCUUACUCGUUAUAAGAUCAUCUGCAAAAUUUGUUAUUUGUGGACUGUCAAUGCAUUGAUAAAAUGAGUUGGAAAUUUUCCAAAUUCGAGGCCCUGAUGUUCUGACAUCAUCCUUUGAUUGCAGGUAGCUGUUGGGAAUUCUCAACGAUAUCUUCAGUGGAAGGAAUCAUCCUGAUCAAAACCAAACAAGUACUCUCGCUCUUUGAAUAGCAGCUGGUAGAUUAUGACCAUGACAACUAUGGCUACAAUGGAGGACUCAUUGAGCAUGCUCUUGGUUACAACAAGAAAGUCGGUGGAGUAAAAUUAAAUAAUUGUCCAUAUUCCUUUUCACCUCGAAUUCCCUGCCUGACUAUUCCUCUUAUAAUUAAACCAGGUCUUCCAAAACCAUAACUCGAUCAGCUGUA